AUUCUGUCUGUGUUCGUUGACGUUGACAGUUAGUUGGGGAGAAAGUCCCACCCAUCCAAAAACAAUGUUUUUUAACCUUAAAGUUUAUCUUCCACCUAUUCUUUUUACCAUGAAUACCAUGCAAAGCUAACCCUGUACUGUUAGUGUUAGUGCUGUAAAUAUAAUAGCCUAGGACCCUGCAGAUUAUUAAAAUUAUAUAGCAUUGAUCAUAAUGUGUGAAAGUGGCAUAAAUGACUUUUUAUUUCAAUACAAGUCUAUCUCAAAUAAGUUAAAAAAACGGUUUUUACGGAAACCAAAUGUUGCUGAGCCCAGUGACCAAUUUGGGUCGUUGGGAGUGCAGUGUGAGCGAGAUGAGAUGCCACAGUAUGCAGGACUGUGCUAUCUGGCUGUGUCCCGGUGUGAGGCAGCUCUCAACAACCCCGCGGGAGAGACCUGGGCGUUGGUCAAGGCAGGCCGACAGUUCCUCAAGGCGCAUAAACAGCCAGCAGAGUGUGGACUGGUGUCGCCCAACUGUGAAUUCAUGGAAGCAACAGUGAGCACUCUAGGCCACGCAGGAUUGCUGUGCUCAGGUGCUGAGCCUGAGAAGUUCCUUGGCGGAGGCCUGGCCUUGGAGAUGGGGCUGGAGCUGGGGGACUGGCCCCAUCAAGCGGCAGCUUCCUACCUCAAUGCAGCCACACUGUUGGCCGAUCAUCCCCCACUGCAGCUGCACGCACUCGCCCGACUAGCCGACACCAGGAUACGCAUGGGUGAUUUGGACGGAGCUCUCUCAGUACUGAGCCAAACAGUUGUGGUUGUUGAGACGAUUGCUGACCCUCCUUUUGGAGUUUAUUCCGAUAUUUUACUCAGUUGUGAGAUCAGUAGAGUGUUGCUACUACUGUUGCUGAGACCUCCACCUCAACUGUUGUCUCCUCACCUCACUGCUGUCUUGGAAAGAUACAGUUGGCUGGGCGACUCCACUGACUGUCCUGUUCCAUGGAUGAGUGAAGAACUGUUCAUGACUCUCCAGUCUUUAGUGAUGUCAUGCCAGUCUAAAGACGUGGAGAGUCUACUGGCCGUGGAGGCUGACCUGUGCUGCCAUCUGGACAGUCUACAACAACAACUACUGCGAUGUCUUGUGGAGAACUUAACAGCCACUUCAGACAACUAACUCACCACUAUUAAGGCAGUUAAUCAAGGGCCUAAUGUAAUCUAUGUAAUUGUUGGCUAUUAGUGAAGUCGAUGUGGUGUUGCCUUUCAUGAGGAGAUGGCCUCUCUUUUGUAUUAUAAUUGUGAUAUUGUGUUACUUAUCAGGAGAGAAUGAUAUUUAUCUAAUUUCUGCUCCCUAUCACCUCUACACCUCACAUAGUUCGUUUCCACAAUCCUAAUGAAUCAGUUUUAAUUUGAUAAAGUGAAAAUCAAAAUGUUUGUUAUUCGUUAGGCAAGUAUAUGAAAUAGGCAUUGUCAAUAUAAACAAUUAAUGAACUAUAUUUGGCUAUGUUAACAAACAAAAGUUCUUCCACUUUAGAAAGAGAUUUUCAGAAGCAAUACAUGGGCCUCUAUCAAUAUGGAUUAUAUUCGGAUUUUGCCAAAAAACAAUUUCAAAAACAGUAAAUUGGCAAAGCAAAUAUUACCUAAAAAAAGGUAUUAAAACGAACCAUUUUGUACAGUAUCUCAAAAGUUCCGGGUAUGAACUUACACCCGGACCCUCCCUCUUUAAUUGGGGUUAACUCUGUAACUCUACAGAAUUACCAAUCCAACAGUAAUCCAAAAGGUGGUUAAAAAAUUAAACAAUACCUCAAAAAUGUUAAAUAAAAUUGUUAAAAUAAGUUAUUUCCUCAGUUCCCUCGAAUUCCAUACAAAAACAAAUCUUGUAUAUGUCAUAUUACAAGCUCUUAGGGCUGUUUGUAUAAAAUGUCAAGUAAAAGUUAGUGAGGUUUACCGCCUAUACUGUUUUUUUAACAUGCAUUAUGAGAUAUUGUAUAAAUAUUAUUUUGUUGUUAUGACAAGUAUAUAUGAACGUGUGUGUAAAUAUUAUUAGA